GGUCCACAGGUUUCAUGCUCAGAUCGGUUCGCAUUCCUCGCCCAUCUACUUUUCAUCCUUGGGUACCUACCACUAUUUUGCGUAGCACAGCAUCAACAUCUGCGAUUUCUAGCCUUUCAGUUCUGCAACAAACCCGAGCCAUGUCACACAAGCUUUGCAUGAUUCCUGGGCCCGUCGAAUUCGACGCCGCAGUUACAAAUGCGAUGGCUACCCCGGCCACAUCUCACGUGGCCCCUGACUUCAUUGAAAAGUUUGGCAGUGCGUUGGAGCUGUUGAGGAAAGUUUUCCUAGCACCUAAUGGUCAACCAUUCAUUGUUGCCGGAUCCGGUACUCUCACCUGGGACAUGACCGCUGCCAACCUUGUUGAACCGGGCGAAGACGUGCUUGUAGUUAAUACGGGCGUCUUUGGUGACUGGUUCGGUGAAUGUCUUGGCGUCUACGGAGCAAAUGUCACCCAUGUACGAGCGCCAUUCGGCGACCGUCCAACUCUUGAGCAAAUAGCGGAAGCUUUAAGCCAGAAAAAGUACAAGCUUGUUACGGUUACUCACGUGGAUACCUCAACUGGUGUAUUUGCCGAUAUCAAAUCCAUUGCGAAGCUUGUCAAAGAGAAGUCUCCAGAGACCCUCAUUGCUUUGGAUGGUGUUUGCUCUGUUGGUGCUGAGGAGAUUAGGCAAGAGGAGUGGGGUAUCGACGUGGUAUUGACUGCCAGUCAAAAGGCGCUCGGUACUCCACCCGGUCUAGCAAUCAUGGUUGUCAGCCAACGUGCGCUUGAGGUUGCUGCCAACCGUAAGGCUGGGCCCACCACGUACUUCGGUUCGUUCAAGAAGUGGCUGCCCAUUAUGAAGAGCUACGAGGCACGCAAACCGUCAUACUUUGCUACUCCAUCAGUUCAGUUGAUUUUGGCUCUUGAAGUCAGUUUGCAGCAACUCGUGGCGCAGGGGAUGGACACUCGCUUCGCGAAGCAUCGCGAAGCUUCCAAGAAAGUUAAAGAUGCUCUUGAACAAUGGGGACUUAAGCUGGUUCCAGUGAACCGGGAGGUUGCAGCCAACACACUCAGUGCUGUAUACUACCCAGAAACUGUUAAGGGACCCGAGUUGUUGCAGAAGAUCGGUUCCCAUGGUGUCGUUGUGGCCGGUGGACUUCAUCCUCAGCACUCUACCAAGUACUUCCGAGUGGGACAUAUGAAUGUCAGUGCCGUCAAUCUAGAGAACCACCAUCUCGACAAGACUCUUGCUGCGAUUGAGCAAUCAUUGAAGGAGUUGGGCCACCUGUAAAUGUACAUUACACACGCACGCGCUACAAUACAGACCUGCCGCUGCAUCGUUAUAUAUGUGACUGCUGUAAUAAAUAUACAUUCGCUUAUACAUUUUUCAUCAACUGCGC